UGUAUAGUUCUGUGGCCUUGCAUUAAAUAAAGCGACGGCUAUUUAGAUAGCUAAGACAUAGCGGGUGGAUUAAAGCGCACGACAUCGGUGCUGUAAUCAAAUAUAAAAGUAGAGGAAUACGCCUCCAACAAGCCUUAGUGGUACUUGAAGAAACAUGACUUAUUCUAUGACAAUGCCUUCCUUAUAAUUUUUCAGGACGUAACGUUAGCUAGCUAGUGAUCCAGUGGGAGAGAAAUAGCGGAGCAGUUAAUAUAGAUCGAUUUCUCAAAUCGUCGUUGGAAUUAACGUUUUCUUUUUGUAGUUUUCUAAUCCUAUUCGUGUUGAUAUUGUGUAAUUUACUUAACGUUUCUGAAUUAGUUGUUAGUCAACGGAAUACCGGGAUAUUUAUUGUACUGGGAUGGACAAUGCCCAUACUAAGACAGUCGAGGAGGUGUUGGGGUAUUUCUGUGUGAAUGAGUCGACAGGCCUGAGCUGCGAACAGCUGAGGAAAAGCAAGGAGAGAUGGGGCCCAAACGAGUUACCGGCAGAAGAAGGGAAGUCGCUAUGGGAACUGAUCCUGGAACAGUUUGAGGAUCUCUUGGUUCGGAUUCUUCUGCUGGCUGCCUGCAUCUCCUUCACUCUUGCCUGGUUCGAGGAAGGGGAGGGGACCAUCACAGCCUUUGUGGAACCCUUCGUCAUCCUCCUCAUCCUCAUCGCCAACGCUAUUGUUGGGGUGUGGCAGGAGCGUAAUGCUGAGAAUGCAAUAGAGGCGCUGAAGGAGUAUGAGCCUGAGAUGGGGAAGGUGUACCGACAGGACAGGAAGAGUGUCCAGAGGGUCCGGGCUAAGGACCUCGUACCUGGGGACAUAGUGGAGGUGGCAGUGGGUGAUAAAGUUCCGGCAGACAUCCGGCUGACCUCCAUCCGCUCCACCACGCUGCGAGUGGACCAGUCUAUCCUGACUGGGGAGUCGGUGUCCGUGAUCAAACACACAGACCCAGUGCCUGACCCGCGAGCCGUCAACCAGGACAAGAAAAACAUGCUGUUUUCUGGCACCAACAUUGCGGCAGGCAGGGCUAUAGGUGUGGUGGUAGCUACUGGGGUGCAGACUGAGAUCGGGAAGAUUCGUGAUGAGAUGGCUGCUACAGACCCAGAGAGAACACCGCUGCAGCAGAAACUGGACCAGUUUGGGGAACAGCUGUCCAAGGUGAUCACAGUGAUCUGCGUGGCAGUGUGGGGUAUCAACGUAGGCCAUUUCAAUGACCCGGUCCACGGUGGCAGCUGGCUCAGAGGGGCUGUCUACUACUUCAAGAUCGCUGUGGCACUGGCUGUAGCUGCCAUCCCUGAGGGCCUACCCGCUGUGAUCACCACCUGCCUAGCUCUGGGGACCAGACGCAUGGCCCGGAAGAACGCCAUCGUCCGCAGUCUGCCUUCUGUGGAGACCUUGGGCUGCACCUCCGUCAUCUGCUCCGAUAAGACUGGCACCCUCACCACCAACCAGAUGUCUGUCCACCGGAUAUUUGUUGUGGACAGUGUGUCAGGGGAGCGAUGCGCCCUGAGUGAGUUUUCGGUGACCGGAUCUACUUACGCCCCGGAAGGGGAAGUGUAUAAGGAUGAGACGGUGGUGAAGUGUAGUCAGUAUGAGGGCCUGGUGGAGAUGGCCUCUAUCUGUGCUCUGUGUAACGACUCCUCUCUGGACUACAACGAGUCUAAGGGUGUGUAUGAGAAGGUAGGCGAGGCCACGGAGACGGCCCUGUGCUGUCUGGUGGAGAAGAUGAACGUGUUCGACACAGACCUCGGAGGACUGUCCGCCGUCGAGAGAGCUACUGCCUGCUGCUCGGUGAUUAAACAGUUGAUGAGGAAGGAGUUGACGUUGGAGUUCUCCCGUGACAGGAAGUCCAUGUCAGUGUUCUGUUCUCCCAACAAACUCAGCCGCUCUGCCUCCGGGGCCAAGAUGUUUGUCAAGGGAGCUCCGGAGAGCGUGCUGGAGCGCUGCCGUUGGAUUCGGGUGAACGGGGGCGCGCGGGUGCCCAUGACGCCGGCGGGGCGGGAGCAGCUCCAGGGGACCGUCAGGGAGUGGGCCACGGGGCGGGACACCCUCCGAUGCCUCGCCAUGGCGACCCGGGACUCGCCUCCCGAGAUACGCUCUCUCAACCUGGAGAACUCGGCCACUUUCGCUGAUUACGAGUCGGACCUGACCUUCGUGGGCUGCGUGGGGAUGCUGGACCCCCCCAGGAAGGAAGUGCUUGGUGCGGUCCGUAUGUGUCGGCAGGCUGGCAUCCGCGUCAUCAUGAUCACAGGUGACAACAAGGGCACGGCCAUGUCCAUCUGUCGUCGCGUGGGCAUCAUCACGGAGGAGGAGGAGGAGGCGGGCAGGGACAACCCGUUCUCAGGGGGCCUGACGGGGAGGGAGUUUGACGAGCUGCCCCCCCACCUCCAGAGACAGGCCUGUCGUACCGGACGCUGCUUCGCCCGUGUGGAACCCACACACAAGAGCCGCAUCGUGGAGUACCUACAGAGCCUCGAUGACAUCACAGCCAUGACUGGUGAUGGAGUGAAUGAUGCGCCAGCCCUGAAGAAGGCAGAGAUCGGGAUCGCCAUGGGUUCAGGCACGGCUGUUGCCAAGUCCGCCUCAGAGAUGAUCUUAGCUGAUGAUAACUUCUCUACCAUCGUAGCGGCUGUAGAAGAGGGCAGAGCCAUCUACAACAACAUGAAGCAGUUCAUACGAUACCUCAUCUCUUCCAACAUAGGAGAGGUUGUCUGUAUUUUCAUGACGGCUGCUCUGGGCAUGCCCGAGGCCCUGAUCCCGGUCCAGUUGCUGUGGGUCAACCUGGUGACAGACGGCUUCCCGGCCACCGCUCUGGGAUUCAACCCUCCCGACCUGGACAUCAUGUCCCGCCCCCCACGCUCCCCCAAGGAGCCUCUCAUCUCCAGAUGGCUCUUCUGCAGAUACCUCAUCGUCGGAUGCUACGUCGGAGCAGCUACAGUAGGAGCGGCAGCCUGGUGGUUCAUGGCAGCACACGAUGGACCCAAACUCUCCUUCUACCAACUGUCUCACUAUCUCCAGUGCGGUGAAGGCCACGGGGAGUUUGCGGGGGUUCAGUGCUCGGUGUUCGAGUCGCCCUACCCCAUGACCAUGGCCCUGUCUGUGCUUGUUACCAUAGAGAUGUGCAACGCCCUCAACAGUCUGUCAGAAAACCAGUCCCUGCUGAAGAUGCCUCCUUGGUCCAACCCCUGGCUGGUGGGAGCUAUCUGUCUCUCCAUGGCGCUCCACUUCCUCAUCCUCUACGUUGACCCACUGCCUGUGGUGUUCCAGAUCCGCCCCCUGUCGUGGCCACAGUGGGUUGUGGUCCUCAAGAUGUCGCUUCCAGUCAUCUUCAUGGACGAGGCCCUCAAGUUCCUGGCCCGGAACUGGAUCGAGCCGGGUACCGACGUGGAGCGCCAGGAGGAGGAGCGGGAGCGCCGGCGGAGGGGUCAAGGGUCAGGGGGCAUGACUGCCGCUGUGAGCAGGGUGUUCAAGGGCGUGUCCUGGUCAUUCGUUUUAAUGUCGUUCCCCCUAUUGGUCUGGAUCUACAGCCUGGACUCUGAUAUUACUAACAUGUUCUAUGAGUGAAGGGAAGGGUGGGUGGGGGUUGGGUUAUGAAUGAAAGUGAAGGAACUAUAACAUAAAUAGAGGAGAAAUGGAGGUGAAGAUAAUUAUUAUUAUUUUUAUUUUUUUGUGGGAUAAAGCCAGGGAUGGAGGGAUGAAAGGUGAACAAUCUGAGACUGUGAGAGAAAGAGGGGGAUAGUGAAGAGGAGAGCACUGAUACAUCCUAGCUCAGCACUCUUGACUUUUUGAACAUGGGCCCUGACCGUAAGUGAGGGAUUUUCUAAAACUCAAGGUCCUAUUCAAUCAAGCCUGGUUUAGCAAGUUACCUGAAUAAGUCUUGAAAGUACCACUCCUCUUGUGCAGAAAGAAUGCACGUUUAGGUUCACAUAGCCCCUUGACAACACAAUUUUUUACAAUAUGAGACAAACCAGAAAGAAACGCAACUUUGUAGUUGAUUCAAACAAGCUUUCUGGCUGCUCAGAAUGAUUUUUUUUUUUUUAUCUUGAAAGGGAAAGUACUGUCUAUAGAUGAUUUAUAACAGAGUACUUUAUACAUUUCAUUCCAAUUUCUCUACCUGUAAGGUGACAGGUGGGAAAGUGAGGGAGAAAGAAGCUUCUUCAGUCCAGUCUAGGGAAUGGAGGGAUGACUGGAUGAAGAGAGAGAAAGGCAGAGAUAAAGAAUCUUCUAGCAUCAGUCAGACUGGCCACACUGACACUCCAGCCAUCUUCAGAAAUCAAUCAAUUAAUAUUUGAUUUAAUUUAGAUGUCAUCAAACUGUCUAGGGAAGAGUACUGCAGAAGACUUCUUUAAUGUGUAUUUCUUAGGAUUAUGCGCUGGCAGAGCUGAAUUUUGAAAAAUAAGUUAAAGAUUUUAUGUUUGUUUUCACUGCGUUAUUCAUAUUUAUUAAUACAUCACGACACUGAAUUGUCUUUUUCUUUCUGUUGGAUGUUGUCUCCAUGUAUGGUUCUGAUAAAGGUUGGCUACUCUUUAUGACAUCAUA